CAAAAUCGAAGAAGAAGAAGAAGAAGAAGAAGAAGAAGAAGGGUAUUCUGCUUUUGCACUUCCGUUUCCGGUGCACGGCUCUCCGCGACGCUUCCCCUCCGUCGGUGAGUCCAGCAGCCUCUGGGCCCGCAGUAAAUCCAGCAGGAGAAGAAGAAACAGCAGGAAGCCAAAAUGUCUGACGACGAGGACUCUGCGCCGCUGGUGAAGAAGAGUCGAGUUUUCUACGGCAGCCUGGAGGAGCGAGAGAGAGAGAGGCUGGCCAAGGAGAGCGCCAGCUCGGGCGCCGCAGGAAGUGAUGCCAUCAAGGCGGGAAUCGAGGCGGGAAACAUCAACAUCUCGUCAGGGGAGACCCUGGAGGUGGAGGAGCGCGUGUCGGAGCGCCAGCAGGAGGCGCUGGCCGAGUUUGAGCGGCGCCGGCGAGCGCGGCAGAUCACCGUCUCCACCGACGACGCCGAGGUGAAGGCGGGGCUCCGCGCCCUGGGAGAGCCAAUCACAUUGUUUGGGGAGGGGCCUGCUGACAGACGAGAGAGGUUGCGCAGUAUUCUGUCCAUCGUGGGUCCCGACGCUCUGAAGAAAUCACAGAAAGACGAACAGAAAGCCAAACGAUCACAGGACGAGUGCCAGCAGACGUGGUACCACGAAGGCUCCGCCUCCCUGAAGGAAGCUCGCCUCUGGUUGGCUCGCUACUCGCUGCCCAGGGCGAUGCGGCGGCUGGAGGCGGCGCGGCAGCAACGUGACGUCGCCGAGGCAACGAGGACCGUCCGCCAGCAGGAGCUGCACAAGAACCUGAGGAACCUCAACAACUUCUGCAGUCAGAUCGGAGACGACCGGCCAAUCAGCUUCUGCCACUUCAGCCCCGACUCCAAGAUGCUCGCCACCGCCUCCUGGAGCGGGCUGUGCAAGCUGUGGUCCGUCCCCGACUGCAACCUGAUUCGCACGCUACGAGGCCACAGCACGAACGUCGGCGCGGUUGUCUUUCAUCCCAAGGCGGGAAUCUCCCUCGACCAAUCAGACGUCAACUUGGCCUCCUGCGCCGCUGACGGCUCCGUCAAGCUGUGGAGCCUGGACAGUGACGAGCCGGUGGCUGACAUCGAGGGUCACGUGCAGCGGGUGUCCCGUCUGGCCUGGCACCCCUCUGGGAGGUUCCUGGGCACCAGCUGCUACGACAGCUCGUGGCGGCUGUGGGACCUCGAGGCUCAGGAGGAGAUUCUGCACCAGGAGGGUCACAGUCGCGGCGUCCACGACCUGCACUUCCACCCCGACGGCUCGCUCGCCGCCACCGGAGGGCUGGACUCGUUCGGGCGGGUGUGGGACCUGCGGACGGGACGCUGCGUGGUUUUCCUGGAGGGACACCUCAAAGAAAUCUACAGCGUCUGCUUCUCCCCCAACGGGUUCCACCUAGCGACAGGAAGUGGCGACCACACCUGUAAGGUGUGGGAGUUGCGAAACAGGAAGUGCCUGUACACAGUCCCCGCCCACCACAACCUGCUGUCCGCCGUGCGCUUCCAACCGACAGAAGGUCACUUCCUGUUGACGGGGGCGUACGACAACACGGCGAAGGUGUGGUCGCACCCGGGCUGGUCGCCGCUCAAGACGCUCGCCGGCCACGAGGGCAAGGUGAUGGGCGUGGACAUCUCUCCGGACGGGAAGCUGAUCGCCACGGCGUCCUACGACCGAACCUUCAAGCUCUGGCUGUCCGACUGAACAACCGCCUGCCAAGCAAACCAACCAAGAAGAAGAGAGAUGCAAUUGGCUGCCUCGCCGACCAAUCAGAGCUCACUUCCUGUUUCAGCAACAAAAACAAGCGGGAGAUUCUGGCCAAUGAAAUGCAGCGAAGCCGUUCUGUUUGUAUGUUUUUCUGUUUUUUUAAAUAAAGUUCAAUUCUAACUUUGA